AUGGGGUCUUUUGCGUCCAAGGCUGCCCUCGGGGCUACCACCGACAAGCCCACAGAACCCGAGCCGAAACACCUGGCAGAUCUAAUACAAUACGUAAACGAAACAAAUAUGAGUGUUAAACAUCUGGCUGAUGUUCUUUCUGAGAAGGCCAGGAGCAGCAGCUGGGUGGUAGUGUUUAAAGCCCUGGUCACUGUGCAUCACCUCAUGGUUCAUGGAAAUGAGCGUUUUAUCCAGCAUCUUGCAUCUAGAAGCUCUUUGUUCACUUUACACAACUUCCUGGAUAAAAGCGCGCUAGAAGGCUAUGCUAUGUCAACCUUCAUCAGGCGAUAUAGCAGGUACUUGAAUGAGAAGUCACUCGCAUAUAGACUGAUCACAUCUGACAUCACCAAAGCCAGGAGAGGGAUGGAUGGUAUGAUGAGAACUAUGGAUACAAAACAGCUGCUAAACACUCUUCCAGUUAUUCAAAUUCAGUUUGAUGCUCUUCUUAAUUUUAAUGCAAAUCCUGACCAGUUAACGAAUGGUAUAAUCCAUGCUGCUUUCAUGCUUCUCUUUAAGGAUUCUCUUCGCCUCUUUGCAGCCUAUAAUGAGGGGAUCCUUAAUCUGCUAGACAAGUAUUUUGAUAUGAGGAAAAGCCAGUGCAAGGAAAGCUUGGAUAUUUGCACCAAGUUCCUUGCAAGAACAACCAGGUUGGCAGAGUUCCUGAAAGUAGCAGAGGAAGUCGGAGUUGACCAGAAAGAUAUUCCAUAUCUUACACAGGCACCCUACAGUUUACUUGAAGCCCUAAAACAGCAUUUAGCUUCUUUGGAAGAGAAAAAUGACAGUUUUCCUCCUUACAGUCUUCAGCGCGCAUUGGUUCCCCCCAUCCCAAAUAAUCCAGUUGUGAAAACUUCAACAAGCAGAGCUUGGUUCUCAGUCCGCAAACAUAUUGGAGCCAAACGGCAAGGUGGAAAAACCAUUGCAAACAAUCUGGAUGGCUUGCCUGCUAGCCUUGCAGGAAGGUCAGCCCACUUUCCACAGCCUUUGCGCUACUGUUCUGGCCCUUCCUGCAUGUGCACCGCCCAACAGUCAGCCUGGGAUCUGGGUGUUGGUCUCUCCCCUGUGAUCAUUCUUCGGUAUGCUCAUUGA